UGCAAGCGUCGUCAGGCAGGCCGGGUCAAUAUCAUUCGGGCAGGUAGGUACAGGGGGAGCAAGCGGAGAAUGGUCGGGGUCACAAGCCAGGGAUCAGGAGCAGGAGAAUGGUCAGACAAGCCAGGGAUCAGAGCAGGGUCAGCAGAGAAUCAGACAGGAACAGGAACAGGAAACAGAGCCCAGGAGAAACACAACACCAAGGCAGAGUCUGCAGGUCUGAAUGUCCCUUAAAUACACCAGUAUAAUUAGUUCCAGGUGUUUGACUGGCUGCAAGGUUGAGUCUCUGAUUGCUGGGAGCACCCGCUGGCCAGCCCUGGUACUGCAGCUCAUAAGGCAGGGGAGUCCCACUAUUGCUGGCCAGUCCAUUCCUGACAGAAUGUAUGGAAAAGAG